UAAUUGAACUUUCUUAAUGAGUCUCAAUUCAGAAAGUAUAGCGGAGAAAGGCAAAGCGCCUCAAGGUGAGAGCGAGCGACCUGAGACGCUUGCGCAGAGCAGCGCUCGCCGAUUAUACGCCCUGUGAGAUGCGAGCAGCUGCUUAGGCGUCCAAGACCAAGGCAACUUGGUGAAGGAACAGAACAAAAUGCGGUGGUUAACCCUGAUGGUCUUGGGGCUGUGCACCCUGGCCGAGGGGGUGCAGAUCUGGGUACCUCUUUCUCAGGGUCGCAUACGUGGCGAGAUCAGGAUGAACCAGGCUCACGCGGGUGCAGAGGUCAGCGUCAGGGUGGCUCUGCUGCUCACUGAUGGAGGUUCUGCCCAAGCACUCGACUGGCAGGUGCGCGAAUUCCCUGUCGACUACAGAGUGGUAGAUGGCGGCGAGAGGUGCUCCAACAACCGACUCGGCAAAACCCUGAUCGACUUGGGCGAGCGGCUAGGCAAACUGAGCCUACCUGAGAACAGCACCGCUGAGUUCAUCAUUCCUGAGGGCUAUUUAAACCUUUCCAAGAAUGAUGGUAUUUGGGGAAGGUCGCUUGUGAUGCGAGGUGACUCUGACUUGGCAUGUGCAACGCUGUUAGUAGAGGGUGAGGAACGUAUUGCAGAGGCGCACUUCCGUGGCGCGCUCACCGGCUCCUUGCUUUUCCGUUGGUUUGGCGCUGACGAUGGAAUUGAUGCAAUCAUUCUAAGCAAGGUGCAGCGAGUUCGCGGCAAUGACACAGCAGCAGUCGUAAAAAACCACAAUUGGAAAAUCUUUGUCACGGAUAGCGUUGAAAGUGAAGCAGACAAGUCAAGGGAUGAUUGCGAUUCGCUCCAGAUCGUCUUUGAUCCUGAUGAUCGAGGCCCAGGUCAAAGAGCGGGUGACAUGGACAGCCGGCUGGGACAACUUCGGACGGGCCGGACACAGCUUCUGCGAGACGUGGCUUUGCCUGAGCUGCAUGAGUCUGCUGAUAAUUCUGCUCGAAGUCUUUACGUCGUCGUUUACGACUGGCAUCACUCUGACAGUAUCCUGGCCUGUGCCCGCCUGCGUAGACUUCAUACCAAGCGGGCGUUAGCAGUCGUGCAGGGUGGCGGGCUCAGAGUGACCUUGCGGCUUGAGCAGCGCUCGCCCUAUGACCUCACUUACAUCACCGCCGAAGACAAGAAUAAGCCAGGCGAGUGGGAUGUGCAGGUGCGUGAGUUGCCAGCGCAAGGCGGCUCUCCAGAGGCCUGCUAUUACUCAGGACCUCUGUACGACCCGACAGGCGUGGGACAAGGACGUAAUUCAGGCGGUGGAAGUCACAGUGAAUACGCCGUCGGCAGUAUCUGGCUAAAGCACGGCCCCCUCGAGCGUCUCCAGGGCACUUGGGACUCUUUCCUGCCCCUUUCAGGCCCUUACAGUGUCAUACACCGCUCAAUUUACAUCACUUAUACCGAUUCGGUCGCGUGUGCCACCAUCAAUCCCGUUAAAUCCAUGUCCACUGCUCAAGUCAUAUUCAGGUACCCUGUCGUUGGUAGAAUAAUACUGCGUCAGGAGCGUGACUCACCCUGGGCGGACACGUCAGUGCUAGUGGAGUACUUGGUUUACGCAGAUGGCUCGCGAAAUGACACAGGUUCAAUCAGGUGGCGCGUCAUGGAGAAUCCUGCCGGCAAAGACUUUUACAACUGGACGGCUCGUUGCCUCAGCGCCGGACGUGUUUUUGACCCCAAUGGCUGUGCGGACGAAAAUCAGGGCGGUGCUUGUGCGAUUGGGGGCGUUGGAGACCGUCAUGCCCCUCUCUCUGCAUCUGGGGGCAAAGAAAAAAUGAUCGAACGCACCAGACGCCUCUUCACAGACCUCACUCUGCCACUGACCGGACAUGACAGCGUCGUAGGAAAAGCGCUCGUGCUUUCAGACGCCUUUGGUCCCAAGGCUCGAGGGGAGCGGCUGGCCUGCUCCACUAUCACCUGGUUGCCGCGUGUCAAGGCUGUGGUCUUUGAUUGGUUCGGGAGUGAUGGAGAGGAACCGCCGGUCAAGGGUCGAAUCGAGAUGACCCAGCAGACGCCUUACGACUUAACCAACGUGGAGGUAACCCUGAAAGGACUGGAAAAGGUCAAAGGAUAUCACGUGCAUGUGGCCCCAGUGGAGAUGCAGUUAGCGUUUCCUUGCGAUGACUCGACCCUUUACGGCCAUUGGAAUCCGCAGAAGAUCGACCCCAAGAGCAGUCCGCCGGCCGCUCAGGGCACCCCUGAGCAAUACGAGAUGGGCGACCUGAGUGGCAAGUGGGGCACCUUUGAAGGGCUCACGCACGCAUCACUGGUUUACAACGAUUCACUGCUAGACCUGAGCGGGCCGCGCAGUGUGUUGGGCCGCUCUGUAGUCAUUCACAAAGAGGCGGACAACGCCAGAUGGGCUUGCGCCACCGUGGAGAGAGGCUACGCGGCGUCAGAGGCGCGAGAACUGCGCGCUAUUGCUUCCUUCCAUCACCCUGGAGGCUUCGCUUACGGUUACAUCAAAUUCAGCCAACUGGUGCAUGGUGAAGGUUCAUACAGCGAUACAGUCAUCGAGGUCAAACUGCGUCACCCUGGCGUUAACGACCGCAACCUUACUCGCGGCCACGACUGGGCCAUCUUUGUGAACCCUGUCGGCCAGGAUGCCGCGGUAAAGACCCUGAAUACGCGUUGCGUGGCUGGAGGCUACGUUUGGAACCCUUUCUUCAUUCAACUGGCAGACCCUUUCAAUGACGAGCUCUACAGGGAGCAGUGCGGCACUGACAACCCGCUCAGGUGCUAUGCUGGUGACAUAGGUCGGAGAGUGGGACCCAUCAACCUUGGUGAUCGGAGACAGGUCUUCUCUGACAUGAAUCUUCCUCUGGAGGGAAAACACUCGGCUUUAGGCAAGUCUGUGGUGAUUUUCACGCAGAACGGUGGCCGAGAGCGUUACGCGUGCGCCAACAUUGAGCCAGACCACGACAUCAUCAAGUACGCUAACAUAAGGAGACCUCCACGCUUCGAAGUGUCCAAAUUCCUCUCCAGGGUGCGAGCCAUUUUGGGAAUACCUGACUGGAUGCUGAACGUGGAUAAUCGGAAAACGCGACACUUGCACGGCAACACCUGCAUCCAACUGCUUCUCCACUUCCGCGGCCCUCAGGCAAGCAGGUUAGAGCAAGACUUCAGUCGGCUUCUUAGAGUGGGCUCUCAAAAGGAGCAGUCCCUUUUCAUCCCAGGGGCCUAUCCUGAUCCAAAGCGACCCACAUCCCUCUCGUACUCGCAGUGCGGCGUUGUCGACACAAACAAGGCAAAAAGCUCAAUCUUUUCAAUUUCGGGUGCAAUCCCGCGUGUUGCUACCCCAUUUUAUGUUUUCACCUCUGCCGCGAUUGCGUUGAGCAGAAUGCUGCUGUGAUAUGCCUAACAUUCAAGAUCCUAAGUUGUUGCGAGAGGACUAACCAAAGAAUUGUGAAAUUGUCGAUGAGCAGUAAAUGGAUCGCGCGAAAGCAAUUUUUGUGAUGUGUAAUUUAUAAAUCAUGAAUGGUCUUGUGUCUUGUGAACAAGUUAUGGCUCUCUAAAUCACACAUUUGACUGCAAAGAAAUUACUAUGGAAAUUUGGAAUUUACUUUUAUUAAUAAAUAACAACAAUUAUUAAAAAAGCGA